AUGACAGAUGCCGCUGCUUUGAACCUGGCCGCGCUGCGUUUGCACGAUUCGCCUAGGCUGCAAGUCCUCUCUCCCGCAAUAUGGGCCAUUAUCUUCUCCUUUCUCGACUCGGCGCAAACAAUUGCGCGUAUCGCAUUAACAUGUAAAAAGCUCAACGCUGUCGCUCAAGUGCAAGGAUGGCCUUGCUUUGUCAGGAGCCGCUUUGCGAGCCUCAAGCUUCCAAAGGCGCUCGGCGACAAGGAAUGGGUUGAGCUGGCCAAGAAGUUGAUUGCACAAUCGCGCGCCUGGGAUCGUCGAGCUUUUUCUAUCACUUCAGUAGUGUCUCCUAUUCAACAAGGCGGAGGCAAUGAGCGUUCUGGUCUAAGUCGCGGGCGCGGGCGAGGACGAGGACGAGGACGAGGACGUGGGAGAGGAAGCAAUCGCGGUGGUGGUGGCCAGUCUAGGAUGCAGACGUUUCCGGCACAUGUUGUCGUUGAUGCGAGUUCCAAAGUCGAUGGGCAGAACGAAGAGGAGACAGUUGCUUGGGGUCUCGGCGAGGACGUGGUUAUCCGAUCGCGAAAGUCAAAGAGCUCUACUAUUCAGGGUGAAACUUGGAUAUCACUUCCCGGAGUCGAGGCCGGUUUUAGAAGCGGCGACGAUGAUGUGACAGCCAUAUCGAUUCUGUCUGAUUCUGCGCCCCAGCCUGGUCUCCUUGUUGGCCGAGCAAGCGGUUACUUGCAGCUCAUUUCCACAGGACGCAGCGACGUGGGACGGCUUCUCGCUUGGUUCCAUCCAAUGCGUGGAGGUGUAGAUCAACGUGACAUACAGCACUUUGAUACCAACGAAUCGCAAAACACCAUGGUAGUUGCCACAAAGGAAAACAUCUUGUUCUACCCUUUAGAGCCCAACAAAUGGCCAGCUGCGGAUAUGGCCAAUGGCACUCCAGAUAUCGUCGUUGAGCCCACUGAUGCCUUUAGCGUCAAGAGUCUGCCCAACUCUCAAGACUUUAGAUUCAUACGCGAGGCAAAGUACAUGAGCAACGGAGAUAUUGCCUUGUGCAUGGCUAGUAGCGCACAGCCUCUGCGCUAUCUAACCAGGACGCCCUUUGGCACCGUAUUGGCCAAUGCCGCCAAGUUGCGACCUUCGAGCCGUUGCACCGAGUCGCAUAUCUUUAACGGUAGCGACCCGCAAACUGCUCGAAGUGUAUUGCCAGUCAACUCUACUUCAGUUAUUGGUGGCUCUGGCAACACCGUCUUGAGCUCUUACGACGAUGGCACAGUUCGGCUGCAGGAUCUUCGGAGUCAUUCUCCUAUUGACGCCAUCUUUCAAGAUCAUUUUGAGAUGACUGCCCCUCUCGGCCCUCUUCUGUCCUAUGGAAUGGACAGAUUUAUUGUUGGAAGCGCCCGCCUACCUAUUCUGAAAAUCUUUGACUUCCGAUGGACGAGGCCUUACUCUUACACAGAUGCCCUCGACUGCAGGAAGAGCGAACUCGGCCCAACACCAAAACCUCUCACCGGAGUACCAGCCCCAAAGUCUUUAGAUUAUGCAAAAUGCUGUCAUCUAUCUGGACGCCAGUGUACCCUUCACUCCCUGGCGCGGACCGAUUUCUACAGACCAAACUGCAAUUUGUAUCUCCCCGUUGUGUGUCCCGCCGUGACGCCGCUGUAUUCGCUUGCCAAAUCGUCAGACAUGGCGUCAAAUCUCUACGCGGGCGUUACCGGCGAGCUACUGAAAAUAAGCCUCAAAGACGCUGCGGUCGAUGAGCGGGAAGAUUUCUGUAUGAAGCAGAUGGGCAACAGUAACCGCUGCGGCUAUACCUUUCACAGGAGCCUUGCCAACUUGGUUGAGACGGGAGAUGGAAUUGCGUUGAGCGAUAUUUCCCAGAGCAAGAGACUUCCACUUUUGUUCAAACAGAGUCCUGAGCUGUUGUCUGUCACUGCUACAGGGGAGCUCCGCCGGCUCGAUCAUGCUUUGAGGUAA